AGCAGAGUUCAGUACGCUACUCACUCGUCGACCUCACGUGCCUCCCAAUCCACGUCGCAGCCUCCAUUUCCAACCCUUAACCACCAACCCUCCUUCGAGCUGCUCACUCCGUUCUCUCACCCUGAGCUUUACUCACUGAGAUACCAACAGCCUCAGUCGCCAUCUGCAAGCUCGACGAGCAACACGGAGAAGAAGGUGGUGAAAAUUGAGACGAGCCACGCUCGAUGCUCUCGCUACUCCGGCGCAACAUUUUCAUUAAGGAUGCCUAAUGAAAGCGCUCCGAUCUGCGGAUGCGGAGUGGUUUUGGAUUUGCCGAAAUCGCGAAACGGCAUGACGGCUAUUUCCACGAAAAAUCUUACGAUCUUGAUACCGAAGACGUCGAAGCAGUCGAAGUCGGAAGUGCGCGGCGGCAAAAAACAAACGGAGGAGGAAGAAGCGCCGAAGCCACAAACACCGGAUACCGGAAGUACCAGUUCCGUCACGGAGCAAAGACAGCCUGGAAAGCACACGAGUAAACAAAAGAAGCGGCUGAACUCAUCUAGAAGAACGCGAAGUGCCGAGAGGUCGGAUUCCCAUUACACAUACAUAGACUCCGGCUCGAGCGUGGUAUCGGGCAACGGUAUACGGGAAAAUACUAUACCGGAAGCUGUAUACUCAACCGUUCAAGAAUCGCCUAACAGAAAUGUCAAUGGGAUGAGUAGCAGCCAGGUCAAUGGACAGAAUCGACCUCAACCGGUUUACAAAAUUCCGUCGAUGACGUCACCGCCUCCGACGUAUGACGUAGCAAUGUGGCAGUCAGGUCUACCACCGUCCUACGAGGAAUACCUGUGUCACAAAUAUGCAGUGAUAACACGAUCACACACUCCACCACCACCCUGGUCAGAUUCGACUCCAAGCAUCCAGCAGACACGCAGGGACCUCCUGGCGAGUCAACCUGAGCUACGUGAAUUUCUGACCCACUUAAGGCAGCGGGCGCAGCAUAUUAAUAAUCAACCCCCUCACCAGCAACAACAGCAACAACCACAACAAGGGGUCCUGAGAGACACGACCUGCCUGUCAAAUCAGCAAGCCCUCAGGAAGCAAGCGGCCAGGACGCAACGACCACGUGCGCCACCUGUCAGAUCCCAAAGUGAAAGUCGCGCCCAGCAGCAGAGAAUCACGACCAUGUACGAGGACAGUGCAUUCUGCAUGGAGACCACAGUGAUCCAAUCAGUCUUCGACAAUGGCAUCUCCUUUUGCAGUGUCAUGUAAACGCGUUAUCAUUGCCUGUGGGAUUAUAAUCAAUUAAUCACAAAAAUGCCCAUUUGUGGUAUUCGCGGAUAUCGUUGAUAAGAAGGUACCACGAGUCUGGGAAAAAGCAAUUUUUGAAAAUGAGAUUGCUCUCUUUCUUUUGGCAAAAUAAUUUUGUCAUUUUCUUCCAAGGUCAGUCGUGACUGUCAGACCCGUGAAGAUCGCAAUUUAUUUAGCGAAUAACAAUUAUAUCGUCUAUUUGCGUCUUUUCGAUUUAAUGACGAUUUCUAUUAGCCGAUUUUUGGGAAAUUCGCGAUUUCGAGAUAUUAUCAAAGUUUUUUUUCUUUACUUCUGGUCGGAUAACGAAAGCUCAUGUAAGAUUGCGAAAACUUUGGUAUGAAAAUGAUAUGAGAAAAUAUUACGUCAUAUAAAUAUAUAUAUGUAUUAUUAUUAUUAUUAUACGGCCAUAAGGAUUUCCAUUUCGUACGCGAAUUUUCAAUUUUCAAUUAUAACUUCAACCAAGUGCUAUAGACCUGCCUAAGAUAACUCCUAAGGAACGCAAAAGUCUUUUUGCGAAAUUUAAAAAAGUCCGGAAAAAAAAUUCGAAAUUUAUUCCAAACGAGAAAUGAGAAUAUCUACACCAAGCAAUGAAAUUACGAUAAACCAUUUUUUUUCUCCUGGCUGGUCCAGGCCAAAGAUAAUUUUUCAUCCUAAUGUCGUUAGGCGUGCUGGUACGCUUUCGCCUAAUUACUAUUCUGCGCCUCGGUUUGCCUUUUUUUUCUACUGAAAAACUUUUAUCGGGAGUAUCGCUCGCUCACCGUAAUCGCCAUACUUAUUACGGUACUAACAUUUUUCAUUCUAAAGAUUUAAAAAACGAAAACGAAGAAAAAAACGCUAAAAUGGCGAUAAACGAUUCUCCUCGCCGUUCAUCUUCCAUCGAUUAUCAAUGAAUACUCAAAAAAAGCACAAUAUCGAAAAAAAAAUGUAUAUUCCUCCAUUACAAAAAAAAAUGUCUUUUACGUAUCCAAAAAAAAAAUUUCUAAAUAAAUCACAUAAAUUUUCCCAACAGAACGAUCUCUGAGCGGAUUAAUGAAAGUAUCAAAAUCUGAGGAGCUAAGAAAUUUUGGCCAAAUUAAAAAGAAAAUGAUAUAAUAAAAAUUAUUCGACAUCCCUGCUAAUUAUAACUAAUUUUAACACGCGUCAUUCACAAUAUUUAUAUCGCAAUAUUCCAUUAUCGUCUUCUACGUUAUUUCUACAUAACCAAUUUUCACAUAUAAGUUUACGUUGAGUCUCGCGAAUUUAGUCAGUUUUUUCGAAUACUCAAUUAACUAAUUCAAUUAGCGUCAAUCAUUCUUACCUAAGGUUACUAUUAUGAUAUUAUAAUAUAUUGUUCUCAUACUGUACAUGUACUUGGCCAUACUUAUAUUUGAUAUAGACAUUUACAAGUAACGAAUAUUUUAGACGUAACCUAUAAGCGUACAUAGAUAUAUAUAUGUAUAUAAAUACAUAAAGAAAUAUAAAAUAUAUUAUAUAUACAUAUAUAUAUUAAUAUAUAGACUGUCCUAACGACAUACAAAACAUACAGUAGAAUGUAAAGUCGAUGUUAACACGUGGUGUGUAGAUUAGAAAUUUUCGUCAACGAAUGACUGGGGAUGUUGAUGAAUUAUUACGAUUAAAUUGUACUGUCAAGUCAAGUAGAAUUUAAUGAUAAAGAAAUAUUAUUUCGAGUGAUAAGAGCUCGAGCAACCUCCAGAACUUCCAAAGAUUCGAAUCAACGCCACUUUUUUUAUUAUUUCAUCAUUGAAUCUGAUAUCGGAAUUGCGGCCGUAUAUGUUUUUUCCUGAAAUUAUUUAUUUUCAUUAAAACAAAAAUUUCUAGCGCGUUGACAUCACUGAGAAGAAAUGUAAAAAAAAAAAUUGGACAAUUUUGAUUAAGAGUAGGAUAAGCAAUACAGAGAGUAUUGAUUAUGAAAAUUUUCGUGUUUGAUAAAAAAAAAGUAUGAUAAAAAAAAGAAAGAGGGGGCACCAGGAAAAUUUUCGUGAACAAAAAAUCUCGAACGUGCUACGAAUUUGGAAACGAUUUUAUCGGAAAGCAAUAAGUUGAUAAGAGAGUCGCAUAUGGUGGGAUCAAUGCGUGGAACUCUAAUCGCGUAAAAUAUAAAAAUAUGUUAAAAAUGUAUUAACGAGGCUGAUGGAAAUUUUGACGAAUGAUAAGGUGUAUGAGAUAAAUGAAAUUUUGAAAACGUGAAUCAAAUAGACAAAAAUUUCAAACUAGACGUUGAUGGGGGGAAAAAUAGCCUCUUAUCACCACGUCAAUGUGUUAUUUUUUAAUUAAAUUUCAAUGUUAAUUAAAUUUUCGUAAUGUACGGAACAUAAAAACAGCCGCCCCAGUAACGAUUGAACUUGAAAACCGUGAAAGGUGAAUAAACAUAAUUAAAUAAUUAAUACAAAAUUAUAAGAGCAAUGCGAUAAUCUCGUAGAUGCGAAAUGAUGAAGAAAAAAGAUUUUUUGAGACUAUCGACUCUGUCGAAGUCAUUAGCCUUUUAACGUAUUCCGUUUAGCCUCUAUUGCGGAUUAUAUAAGUACGUAGCCCUUGGAUAGACGAAAUGAGAUUAAAAAUUUUGAAAAAAAAAAUCAUGAUUGAAGCGAAGAAGUUGAAGGGAAAGAUAUUAUGUAUGUAAAAUUUAUUUAAUCGAGACGACACGUUCCACCCCUACUAUGAAAGAAUACGAUACUAAUUAAUAAUAAUGGCGUAAUUAGAGAGUAUGGUAUAAAUCUUAACCUAAUUUUAAGGUACCUUAACUCUUAAGCGUUAUACAAGAUACAAAGAUUUUCUCGUCACUUGCAAGGGAACGAUGCUUAAGCACAAAGUAUUAGUGAAGAAUGAAAAGCUGAUAAGGGACAAGUCAGAAAUGACUGAUUUUUCUAAAUUCGCUAUUUUCACAAAAUAUUGAGUUUUGUAAAAAAAAAAAUUUCAACAAAUUUUCGGAGUUUUGUAUUUUUUUUUUACGUACACAACGAUAUACCCUUAACAAACGUAAUUAUAUCCUAUGAUUAUGAUACACGAGUUAUGACGAGCGGCAGCCGUAAUUUUCGUGCAAAGAAUUCAUUUUUUUUAAAUUGUCAAUUAUUCGUGCACUUUUUAUGAAUCUUUCUUUGCAAUUCCGACGGGAAAAUCACGUUGCAUUUUUGAUGUCGUAGUUGUGUCACGUCUAAGCGCACAUUAAGCCAUUUACCGAAUGCAUGUGAGUAGGCAGGUUUUCACUUUGAAUAUCAAAUCAUCGAAAUGUUGGAUGAAACGACUUCGAAUUUUUCUCAAAAUUACAGUGUCAAAUUAUUUGGGAGAAAAAAGGAAUUAUUGUUCGAUUUUGUUACAGAAACAGGGAAAUAUUGAUUAACGUGAUGUAAAGUUGCGACUCGAAAGAAUUUUGAAAAUAAAUAUAUAUGUAUAGAUAGAUAGAACUGCCAAGAGCGAGUAAUUUCUGAAAAUUUUUCAAGCUCGCGUUUUGUGAGCAAAAAUCAACGAGGUCCUUGAAAUUUUUACUUUUUUCUCGAUUUUUUUGGGCACUCGAUAAUUUUGAUUUUGUAUCCAUCCAUUUUUUUCGCGUCAACAGUUCGACGUGAUAUAAGAAACUCAAUAUUCAAUCGACGAGGACUUUUUUUUUUGAAAACUCACAUCUCAAUAAAUAUUUUCUGCGUAAGACGAGAAAAAAAAGAAAACAAAAUUGUAUCGGUAAAUCCGGUGUACCGUAAUACUGAAUUUCAUAAAUGUCAAUUUGCAAUAUAAGCCCUGAAAGUUUUAUUUCAUUGACUUUCGUCUCGUAUUAUCAUUCGGGAAAUUCCAUUUAUACAAAAAAGUCUUUUUUGAAAAAAAAAAUCUUAGUUAUGUCGAUUGUCCUGUCGAAACCUAUUAAUAUAUUAAAUACGGUUUCAUAAGUGAAAUGAAGGUCGUGCGGGAUCAGUAAACUCUAAAAAAAAAAAAAA